AUGGAGUCGAGCUCGUCGCUACAAAAUAUACAACCAAUGUCAAAAAAAGAAACACCUAUGCAAAGACCACUCUUUGACGACAUUUCGCCUCAUAAUGUAACAGCUGUAGUUGGACAAACUGCUAUUCUCCACUGCAGAGUCAAACAUAUAUCUGAUAGAACGGUUUCUUGGAUGCGAAAACGAGACCUGCAUAUAUUGACGUCCAGCAUCCACACGUAUACUGGAGAUGGGCGUUUUAGCGUCAUACAUCCAGAAAACAGCGAACAAUGGGAUUUGAAAGUAGAGUUUGUGCAAAAGAGAGAUGCUGGAAUAUAYGAGUGUCAGGUGAACACCGAACCUAAGAUCAACUUAGCUGUGCAGCUGAACGUCGAAGCGGCCCAAGCUAACAUCCACGGUCCCCCAGAGGUGUUCGUGAAGAAAGGCAGUACCAUCAGCCUGACGUGUUCAGUGAAUGUGCACUCGACGCCACCAAGCUCGGUGAUAUGGCUUCAUGGCACCAAAGUAGUGGACUUUGACUCACCUCGAGGCCGUGGAGGAAUCAGUCUAGAAACGGAGAAAACCGAAUCAGGUACCACCAGUCGGUUGCUGGUCACUAAGGCUGGGCUAUCCGACACCGGAAACUACACGUGCCAGCCAAGUAACGCCAACACGGCCACGGUGUUCGUCCACGUGCUCAAUGGUAAGACGAACCUAGAUGAUAUAAUUAUCAAACUACAGAGAUAUAGGUGGUCGGCUGUGUCCGAAUUUGGUCACAGAUUUUAG